AGCGCGGAGGGGGCGGGGUUACGUGACGGCGCCCGGUUCUUUUGCCAUUUGAAAAGGAGAGGCGGUUCCGUGCGGUGGGUCACUGUGUCUGGCUCUGUCGCUCCGCACUUAUCACGCCGCUGCUUGCUCUCUCUGUUGGUAUAACUCACCUUGAGGUGGCGGGAAAAUCCCGAGCUUCCCGCGUUGUGAGGAACUGAGACCUGCCCUUACGGGAACGGACCGCUGCCUCUGACCGAGUCUGUCUCACCGCUGUUAUAUACCGCCAUGCCGGCCCAGUCCGCUUCCCUGGCUCUGCCUGCCGAUGUCAGGAAACGGCUAAAGGAUUUGGAGAGGGAUCAGGAUGGAAUGACAGAAAAGGAAUGUGUACAACAGAAACUGAGUUUGGUGCUUGGCUUCCUUGAAGCAGAUGCUAGAAACAAACUAAGUGAUCUGGAGAGCAAGCUGAGCAGCGAGGAACUGUCUGAGGAAGGAUACCUUACGAAAGUGAAGGCUCUUCUGCGGAAGCAGUUGAGCUGUGAAAAUGGAGACCUCAGCUUAAAUGGAGAAACAAAUGGGUGCUCUACAAAUGGUACCUGCGGCAGUGAUGAGGAAGAUGUGGAGAUGUCAGAGUCCAAUACUGCUGGAGUUAAAAAUCGCAAGACUAGGAAAAGCAAAACCAAUGGAGAAAAUAAGAAAUCGCCAGCCCGUGCACGCUCAUCAAGAAGCACUACUGGCAAGCAGGCCACCAUCCUCUCCAUGUUUUCUAAAGGGUCAAACAAGCGGAAAUCCAGCGAUGAAGAAAAAGACACAGAUGUUUCGGCUGAUGCAGACCAACCAGAAGAGAAGGAAAAGGAAGAGAAAAGAAUAAAAAUCGAAGUUAAUGAAAGCGAGAACGAAAAUCGGUCUACGGCUGAAGAGAGUAAAAAGGUGAAACCUGUUCUGCCACCAAAAACACCACCACCUAAAUGCAUGGACUGCAGGCAAUAUUUGGAUGAUCCAGACCUCAAGUACUUUCAGGGUGAUCCAGACGACGCUCUAGAUGAGCCAGAGAUGUUAACAGAUGAGCGAUUAUCCCUUUUUGAAGCCAAUGAGGAUGGGUUUGAGAGCUAUGAUGACCUUCCCCAGCAUAAAGUUACAUGCUUCAGCGUUUAUGAUAAAAGGGGUCAUUUAUGUCCUUUUGACUCUGGUCUGAUUGAGAAGAAUGUCGAGCUGUACUUCAGCGGAUAUGUAAAACCGAUUUAUGAUGACAACCCCUCUCUUGAUGGUGGUGUACGAGCAAAGAAACUGGGUCCCAUUAAUGCUUGGUGGAUAACUGGUUUUGAUGGAGGAGAAAAGGCUUUGAUUGGCUUUACAACUGCUUUUGCGGACUAUAUCCUAAUGGAUCCCAGUGAAGAAUACAGCAGCAUCUUUGCUCUGAUGCAGGAAAAGAUUUACAUGAGUAAGAUAGUUGUAGAAUUCCUUCAGAAUAACCCUGAUGUGAGUUAUGAAGAUCUGCUCAACAAGAUUGAGACUACCGUCCCACCUUCAGGCUUAAACUUUAACCGGUUCACGGAAGACUCUUUAUUAAGGCAUGCACAGUUUGUGGUGGAACAAGUGGAGAGCUAUGAUGAGGCUGGUGAUAGUGAUGAGCAGCCUGUUAUUGUAACUCCCUGCAUGAGGGACCUCAUAAAGUUGGCUGGUGUUACCCUGGGCAAAAGGCGAGCAGCAAGAAGACAAGCCAUUAGACAUCCUACAAAGAUAGAGAAGGACAACAAAGGACCAACAAAGGCCACUACCACAAAACUUGUGUAUCAGAUCUUUGACACAUUCUUCUCAGAACAAAUAGAGAAAGAUGCAGAUAAGGAAAAUGGCAUCAAACGCAGGCGUUGUGGUGUUUGUGAGGUGUGUCAGCAACCAGACUGUGGCCAGUGCAAAGCUUGCCAGGAUAUGUUAAAGUUUGGUGGGGCAGGCCGUACCAAACAAGCCUGCACACAGAGAAGGUGUCCAAACCUGGCAGUAAAGGAAGCAGAUGAAGAUGAGGAAGUUGAGGAUGUUGUACCAGAAAUGCCUUCGCCCAAAAAGAUCCUUCAGGGAAAGAAGAAAAAACUGGAGAAAAAGAACAGGAUCUCUUGGGUGGGAGAUCCAAUUAAGACUGAAGGAAAAAAAGACUUUUACCUGAAAGUGUCCAUUGACUCUGAAAUCUUGGAAGUUGGGGAUUGUGUAUCAGUGAGUCCUGAUAAUCCAACAGAGCCUCUGUACUUGGCAAGGAUCACAUCCAUGUGGGAGGAUGCCUGUGGGCCAAUGUUCCAUGCGCACUGGUUCUGCCUCGGCACAGAUACAGUUCUUGGUGCAACAUCUGAUCCCCUCGAGCUCUUUCUUGUGGAUGAAUGUGAGGACAUGCAGUUAUCCUAUAUUCAUGGCAAAGUGAAGGUCAUUUACAAAGCGCCAUCUGACAACUGGUUCAUGGAGGGAGGAACACACACUGAUAUAAAGGUUGUGGAGGAUGAUGGAAGCACUUAUUUUUACCAGCUGUGGUAUGAUCCAGAAUAUGCACGCUUUGAGACUCCUCCCACCCCUCAGCCUACAGAGGACAAUAAGUAUAAGUUCUGCACCAGUUGUGCCCGUCUGGCUGAAAUAAGGCAGAGAGAGAUGCCCAGAGUAAGCUGUCCCGUAGAGGAUUUGGACUCUAAAGUUUGCUACAGUACAGCUAUAAAGAAUGAUGUACAGUAUAAGGUUGGAGAUGGAGUGCUGCUCCUUCCUGAUGCCUUCUCAUUUAGUGUGAAGCUGGGUAGCCCAAUGAAGCGACCUCAAAAGAAGGAUGAUGUGGAUGAGGAUCUGUACCCAGAAUACUACCGUAAAUCAUCAGACUACAUUAAGGGUAGCAACCUGGAUGCUCCAGAACCAUACAGAUUGGGUCGCAUUAAGGAGAUAUUCUGCAACAAGAGAAGUAAUGGAAAGGCUAAUGAGUCGGAUAUAAAGCUGAGGAUUUACAAGUUUUACAGACCUGAAAAUACUCACAAAGGUGUAAAAGCAAGCUACCAUUCAGACGUAAACAUGGUUUACUGGAGCGACGAAGAGGCAGUAGUGGACUUUAAGGCAGUGCAAGGGCAUUGUACAGUAGAAUAUGGUGAAGACCUGACUGAAACCAUUCAGGAGUACUCUGCUGGAGGAUCAGAUCGCUUUUAUUUCCUAGAGGCCUAUAGUGCAAAAACCAAAAGCUUUGAAGAUCCACCAAACCAUGCUCGCAGUGCUGUUAACAAAGGCAAAGGAAAGGGCAAGGGAAAAGGCAAAGGUAAAACUGCCUCAAAGUCUGAGAAUGAACAGCAAAAUUGUGGUGAUAAGCUGCCUAAACUGCGCACCCUGGAUGUGUUUUCUGGCUGUGGAGGGCUCUCUGAAGGCUUUCACCAAGCAGGCAUAUCUGAGACAAACUGGGCAAUAGAGAUGUGGGAGCCUGCAGCCCAAGCCUUCAGGCUGAACAAUCCUGGUACUACAGUAUUCACAGAAGACUGCAAUGUUCUCCUCAAACUAGUCAUGUCUGGAGAAAAGACCAAUUCCCUAGGGCAGCGCUUGCCUCAAAAGGGAGAUGUGGAAAUGCUGUGCGGAGGGCCCCCCUGCCAAGGGUUUAGUGGCAUGAACAGGUUUAACUCAAGAACCUAUUCAAAGUUCAAGAACUCCCUGGUGGUUUCAUAUCUCAGCUACUGUGACUACUACAGACCAAAAUACUUCCUCUUGGAAAACGUCAGGAACUUUGUAUCAUUCAAAAGAUCUAUGGUGCUUAAGCUAACACUCCGCUGCCUUGUGCGUAUGGGCUACCAGUGCACAUUCGGUGUUCUUCAGGCUGGCCAGUAUGGCGUUGCACAGACCCGCAGGAGAGCAAUCGUACUUGCUGCUGCUCCAGGAGAGAAGCUUCCAAUGUUCCCUGAGCCUUUGCAUGUGUUUGCCCCACGUGCUUGUUCACUGAGUGUUGUUGUGGAUGAAAAGAAAUAUGUCAGUAACAUCACAAGAACUAACUCGAGCCUUUUCCGAACAAUCACUGUCCGGGAUACCAUGUCUGACCUUCCAGAAAUCCGCAAUGGAGCCUCUGCUCUGGAAAUUUCUUACAAUGGAGAGCCUCAGUCCUGGUUCCAAAGGCAGAUUCGUGGCUCGCAGUAUCAGCCAAUUCUCAGGGAUCAUGUCUGCAAGGACAUGAGCGCUUUAGUUGCUGCCAGAAUGCGUCACAUACCUCUUGCUCCUGGCUCAGACUGGCGGGAUCUACCUAACAUGGAAGUGCGUCUGUCAGAUGGCACUACAACCAGAAAGUUACGCUAUAGUCACCAUGACAAGAAAAAUGGGCGCAGCAGCACUGGUGCUUUAAGAGGAGUCUGCUCUUGUUCUGAAGGCAAACCAUGUGACCCUGCAGACCGGCAGUUCAACACGCUGAUUCCCUGGUGCCUGCCCCACACAGGAAACAGACACAAUCACUGGGCUGGCUUGUAUGGAAGACUUGAGUGGGACGGCUUCUUUAGCACCACUGUUACUAACCCUGAGCCAAUGGGCAAACAGGGUCGCGUCCUUCACCCAGAGCAACAUCGUGUGGUGAGUGUGAGGGAAUGUGCGCGGUCCCAAGGAUUUCCCGACACCUACAGACUGUUCGGUAAUAUCUUGGAUAAACACAGGCAGGUGGGUAAUGCCGUGCCGCCGCCUCUUUCGAAAGCCAUUGGUUCAGAGAUAAAGAAAUGCGUUUUGUCAAGGGAGAAAGAGAAUGGAACAGAAACCGUGAAGGCUGAAAAGAUGGAGACCGAUUAACUUUUUUUUGGGGGGGGGGGGGGCAGCUUACACUGAAUUUCCCUCCGGAGUUUCAAACUGAAGAGCAGAUAUUAAAUCUGACACUUCUCUUCUGGUUUAUCAAAUUUGACAUUUCCAGCUCUUAAUUUUUAUCUGCUGAAUCAGAUGAGCUGCGCGACAGCACUUCUAAAGAUUUUAAAGAACAGUGGGUUUUAUUAUACGUUGUACGUCGGCGUCUUACCUCUCCACUUUGUAUACGUGCUAUUAUGUAGUUUUUAUAUGUUGUAAUAUUUGAAAUAAAAUGUCUCUUGUACAUGA